AUGAAAAUCGUGGACGUUCAAACGGGGAAAAGUUUGGGCCCGAAUCAGCAGGGUGAACUAUGCUUGAAAUCGUCCACCAUAAUGAACGGAUAUCACAAAAAUCCGACGGCGACGAAGGAGAUCUUGAACAAAAACGCUCGAAAAGACGAACGUCUUCCAAGUGAACAUUAUAGUUCUGCUAAUAAAGAUGGUGGACGCAGUUUGCCGGUUCCGAUUCAGGACGUCACCAUCGAAUUGUUCAUUAACAUCGCACGUUACGAACACUUUCUGGAAGGUGUGAGCAGGCACUUUUUGAAGAAACGUCGUCGGCAUUCCGACACGUUGGCCGAAACCAUGGUGUUCCUGUACAUCCUAGCGUACCAAGUGUGCAAUCUGUACUUCGAGGACUCCGUCGAGUGUUUCGAUUACUUCAAAUUCAGAAAGGUGUUCUUCAUGGUCUCGUAUCUCCUUCACUCGGAAACGCCGAGUGUCUUUCACAGAAUCGGUUGUUUCGAUUUCGACGAAGAUUUCGUGGAGCAGAGGCUGAUCUUGCCGUUGUUGGAAGCGACGCCGUGCUUGGAGAAGCUUCAUAAGAAUCUGAAAGGGGCGAUCGAAACCGGAAAACAUCGGAAGAAAAGGGUUACGAUUCCUGUUUUCAUGAAUGUCUUGAAUCAUCCGAAACGAGCAGCGGGGCCGCCUCCUGGCACGUCGGAAGAUUUGGCGGUGCAGAGAUUCGCGCGGAAUAUUCCCAGAACGAAUUACGUGAAGCCGUCGACGGAAAAGAGAUUGGCGACGUUGCAAGCGGCGAACAAAUCGCACGGGAUUCGAUUGCUGAACGACGCGAACAUGAACGCCCCGAAAUUAUUGCUGCACGAGAAACGAUCGACGGAGGCGAAGCUGCAAGAGAAAAUGAGACCGGAGUCCCUCAGGAAACCAAUUCCGACGUUCAAGUCGAUUGAGGUUAAACAUACGACAGCUUCCAUACUGAGGGAAUGCGCUCGCGUGAUCACCGACGAGGAAAAGGAAAUAAAAAAAUUAAAAAUGUUGGCGGAAGGAGGAUUCGAUCCAUCUUCGAUCGUCCGGCUGGAAGAAGAAGAACGCGAACGAAAGAAACUGAUCGAAUUGUCGAAAGUGGAAGAGAAACAUCUGUUGGCCCUGAUAAGCCGCGAGGGCGCAUUUAUCGCGAAACAAUCUUUGUUGAACGGCUGUAAACAGCAAGCGGAAUGUGUGCGGAAAGAGAAACAAGAAUUGUCGGAGAAGCUGGAAAAAUGGAAGGAGAAACAUAACAAGGAAAUGGCCGAAGUUGUCGAACGAUGUCGCAUAGUCGAACAAAAUUUCCGGGACGCUUUCGAUGCUAUGAUCGACGAGAAACGACAGAAAGCCGCCCAGGUUUCCGAAGAAUCCGGGCAAUUGAAGGCUCAGCUGGCGAAACAAAAGGAAGAGGAGAUGCAGAAAAAGAUCAGACUCAUUCAGGAAAUAAAAACUAUACAGUCAUUGCGAACCUUGCCCUACAAGGACUUCGACCCGACGGAAUCCAGUGGCUUGGGUCUGCUCUGCGAAAUGUCGCUGGCGGAGUUGAAGGAGAGAUUGUUUUGGAUGAAAAUGAAACUGAACGAGGAAAUCGAGAAUCGGAAAUGCAUCGUGAGUCGGGAACGCGAGAGGCAGAAGACUAUGAUUAAGGACACUCGAAAGGCGCUGGAAGAUAAUAAUUGUUCCUAAUUAGUGAGAAAUGCGAAAAUUAUCGAGAUUACCGAGAUGUAUGCAAAUAAAUCUGACAGCUUAAAUUACAUUCUAUUCUCAGCGCAAGUUGUAAUUUUUGAAAUGUUCGCAAUGAAAACAAAGACGAAGUAUAAAAAUGUAUCUUUUAAAUAUUUUUUUAACUAUUUUAAUUGUUAACGAUUCUGCCUAGACCUUGUCUCGGUAUUUAGUUAUUUAGAUCGUCAACGAUUAUA